UCAAAACAGCAGCACAUGCACUGUUGAAAAGGGACCAAUGCCCUUUUAACUAGUUUAAAUUGAGCUUAUGAAAAUUAUUUUUAAAUAGUUUCGACAGAGAACCUGUUUUGUCGCAUUACGUUUUUAGUUUUAAUUGAUCAAGAAGACUCGGAGGACGAGUGCUGACUGGAGACCUGACUCUGUUCCCUGUUUGAGUAUCUGUAUGACAUAGUGAGGGCAGAUGCAGUGCCGGCGAUGCCGCUAAGUUUGGUUUCGUGGGGCAUCACGACCACACUGAGAAGCGCGGCCUCGGUGCUGCUCCUCCUGCAGGGGCCGUUCAGGCGGAGGUGUGGGGGGUCUGCGGCUGCCUGCAGACUCCUGCACGGACCAGCUGCUGCUCGCAGCUCCCUGCAGCAGCAGCUCUGCAGAGCCCCGUCCACGUCCAGGGGGAUCCUGCUCUCUGCACGCCUGAAGAGCACAGAUGACUUCAGCCGCGGCGGAUACACGGGAGAGGACGAGGACGAGGAGGAUGAAGAUGCGCUGGAGGACAGCGAGGUGGAGGAGCUGUUCCAGCAGCAUGUCCCCGAGGGGACGGCGGAGGGACACCACAGGGUGUUCAUCGUGCACCCCGAUGUGAAGUGGGGAAGCAGGAAGCAGUAUCUAACCACCGCUGAGUUGAUGAUGGCAGAGGCUGUGGGACUUGUGAACACUUUAGACAACUGGACAGUGGUGGACAAGAUCAUCCUGUCCACCAAGACACCAGAGAAGAAGAGAAUAUUUGGAAAAGGCAACUUCCAGUUUCUCACAGAGAAGAUCCUGCAGACAGCAGGGAUCACCGCAGUGUUUGUGAAUGUUGAGCGGCUGUCUCCUUUGUCUGAGAGAGAGUUUGAGGAAGCCUGGGGUGUGAAGGUCCUGGACCGGUACUCAGUUGUCCUCCAUAUUUUCCGCUGCAAUGCCAAAACUAAAGAAGCCAAGCUGCAGAUCUCACUGGCAGAGAUCCCCUUGUUAAGAUCACGUCUGAAAAACGAAGUGGCAAACUUGGAUCAGCAGGGUGGAGGGUCGAGAUACAUCGGCGGUUCAGGUGAGACGCAGUACGAGGUCCAGCAGAGGCUGCUGAAGGAGCGGGAGAUGAGGAUCCGCUCCGCGCUGGAAAAGCUGCGCAAGAAGCGGCACCUGCUGCGCUCCCAGCGCAAAGUCAGGGAGUUCCCCAUCGUGUCCGUGUUGGGAUACACCAACUGCGGAAAAACGACUCUGAUCAAAGCCCUGACGGGCGACAGCGGCCUGCAGCCCAGGAACCGGCUCUUUGCCACCCUGGACGUGACCGUCCACGCCGGCCAGCUGCCCGGCCGCAUGGCCGUGCUGUAUGUGGACACCAUCGGCUUUCUGUCUCAGCUCCCACACCAGCUCAUCGACUCCUUCUCCGCCACUCUGGAGGAUAUCAAGCACUCGGAUCUUCUGGUUCACGUCAGAGACAUCAGUCACCCAGAGACGGUGAAUCAGAAAGCAAAUGUUCUGAGUGUCCUGAAGAACCUUCAAAUCCCAGACAAACUGAUGAGCUCUAUGAUAGAGGUCCACAAUAAGAUUGACCUUGUGGGCAGUUAUCAGUCUGAGGAAGCUGGCGCGCUGCUCAUAUCUGCGUUGGAAGAGCGAGGCCUCGACGAACUAAAGACUGCCGUGGAAGAGGGGGUUGUAAAGUCUACAGGAAAGCAGGUUUUAGAGCUCAAGGUCAACCUCAGCUCCGCUCAGCUAAGCUGGCUGUACAGAGAGGCCACCGUUCAGGACGUGCAGGUGGACGGAGACGAAGGCUCGGCUCUCAUCAAGGUCAUCAUCAGCACCGCCGCUUAUGGACGCUACAAGAAAAUGUUUGGAGGCAGAUGACGGAGGAGGCAAGGGAGGGACUAACAACUAUAACACAAAGACUUUAGGAAGAUCCUGUAUUUACUGGAGAGUGUAAUAAAACACAUGGACAUA